GGCACUGAGUGCAAGCACACAGUGAGUGAACAGGUGAGCUCAGAAGCUUUGUAAGCGACACCACCAUCCGUGUGCCUGGGUGCUUGCUGCUGAGCUGGGCUGGGUAAGACUCUGGGGUGGGAUGUCCUUGGAGAUGUGCCUUGUUCUUGCAGUGCAAAGCGAUUGGCAUCUGAGCACCUGGUGAAGCUGAGUCGCUCAUUUGCGGUACCUUUGGCUGUAAGUGCAAAUUGAUUUGUAAUUAUGUGCCCACAGUUACGGAUUAAUCUACUGAUUUAAGAAACCGUGAGUAAAACAUAAAGAGACCUUUCUAAAUGAUCUGUUGUCCUUGCUCUGCCCUAUUGGUGGUGUGGUUAUUUCCCCAUACCUGCAGGUUUUGUUCAAGUGCAAACUCAGGUUUGCUCAGCUGUUCCGCGUCCAUGGAAGGUGCAGGCAGGCAGAAUGGACUUGGCUGUGGUCCUUUAGCAAUUAGGAUAUCCCAAAGGGCCUGGUGGGCAGCUGUGGUCCGUGCUUGCCCCUGAGCUGUGUGUGGAGGAGACUUGGUGGGGGGAUGUGGGAUCACCUGCAGGUGUACUGAAAGCAGGGGAGACGGACAGGCAGCAAGCUACCAUCUGCUGACUGUUUGUUGAUGGGAUGGAGGUGAGUUUAAUAGUUUCCUUUCUCUGUAGGAUAAGGCAACCGUUGCAGUGUUGUGCUGCUGCUGUUGACAGUCCCGUGCUCUGACGUAAAGGAGAUUUCUGUCCGAAGAAGAAGAACAAAGCAGUGUCUGGCCAGCAUCUCUCAGGAGCUCUCCUUUCGUCGAUACAGAUUGGGCUGCUUUCCGAUCUGUGGCUGCAUGCUGGCUCAUUGUUCUGCUGUCUCUGUACCUCGAAAUGAGGUUUUGUGUGAAAGGAGCAGUGCAACCGCUUGCUGACUGAGUCAGCACUUUGCUCCGGGCUGGUCUGUGCAGCUGCAGCAGCAGAGCUCAAAUGCACUGACACAGAUGAAAACUCUGUAGGUCAGAUGUUUGAAGCUCAUAAAUCGUAGGAGGGAAUUUGCUUUGUUUGCAAGGGACCAGUUGGCUUCGGCUUUUGGGGUUUAGAAAUGAAAGUAGCGGCCAUCAUUUUUUGCAUAUGUGGUAUGGGGAAUGGAAAGUCUUUGUAGCCACUUUGGCUAAACUCGAAGUUUCAUCCAUGGGCUAUUUGUGUUUGUGGUGUAGCACGCGAUGCGAUGUUCCUGAUACAGUUUCUAAGUGAAAGGCAAGUACCUGAAGAGAUGGAUUUUCUUGGAUGCACUGUUUGUGUGUGAGCAGGUGUUGCUGCAGUUGCUCGGUAGCGUGUGAACUCUGCCUUGUUGGUAGAAGCCACCCAUUCUGGCUGGUCAGAAUUUCCUAGAGCAGAGCUGCCACCUCAAAUUUAUUGUUUAUUUCUUUUUUUUAAUGGCUGUGCAAUGCAGUCGCUGUUUGCCAACUCUGUUUUUGCUGUUUCCUUAUUUCUUUGGCAUGUUUAAUAUUCGGUCAUCUUUGUGAUUUGGAUGGAAAAGCCAAAGCUGUGGUGCGUGCCUCCUUGGGAUUGGUUGAUUACAACCGGAACAAAGAGAAAAAUCAUUCCUGAUCCAUGAGAUAAAUUCAUUAUGACAUGAAUAACUUCUCAUUUUAUAUAUAUAUGUUUCUCAUUUCUCUCUCUGUAUUUCUUCCUCUUGAGGUCUUGGCUUUCAUAAUGUAUGAAUGAAGCCUACUGGAGAUCUGCGGAACCUAAGGAGUUGCUGAGGGGUCUGUAGUUAGCUUUUAGAACCAGAGCUUUGCCUUUAAAUACCUUGUUAAAACUAGAAAUAGCUUUUCGUUGUUCACAUAAACACAAACUUAAAAGAUGGAGGGAAAUCCUUGCUGACCUGGGAGGCGAUAUUAGCAGUGUGCGUGUACAUAUAACGUGUGUGUGUGUCUGUAUAUGUAUUGGUGUGGGUAGGGAGGUAAAAUUGCUCUGCUGUGGCAGGUAGGACACAGUUCUGUCUUUUACAGCCUUCCCUGAAUAGCAACUGGGUGAGAUCCUUUUGCUCAGGCGUAGUAUUGUAUGAGAUAACAUCCAGGAAACAGUAUUUAUUUACCAGGUUGCAGGUGAUGGCUGGUUUAGUCCUUCUCCUCUGAUUGCAAAUGUUACUGUUUCUACUGUAGUGUGCUUCUUAUAAAGCAAUCAUUGCUGGAAUGUUUUGGAUUGUGUUUUUCAGGGAUACAGAAAUCUGUGUUCAGUUACUUGUAUAUUUCAGUAUGUACGAGGUAGGUGUGUUACUGUUUCAUGCAGCUGAGUUGGGUGAGACGUUCAGGCUACAAUCAGUUAUUUCUGUAACUUCAGCAGUUACAGUUGUUAGGAGAAUAGGAGUCCUUGGGGUUCUGUGUGCCAGGCCCAAGGAGGGAUGAAUCAAAAUUCUGGGGCUGGUUAUUUGUAUCUCUUUACCAAGAUUUUUACAUUAAUAAAGGAUACUCAGAACAGGAAAGGGAUUAUAUUCCUUAACUUCUCUAAAAGUUGCACUUUCCUUUAUGUGCUGCACCACGCAGGAGCCUUACUGCAUGUUCCAAGUUCUCCAGCACAUCAUAGCUGAAUGGCUUUAUGUCAGUUAAUAUUGACAGGAACUCAGUUUGAGCAGCAUUGGAAAAUGGAAGUGGUUGGCAGAACUGGCUAAUUUCACUGAGUUUCCUUUUGCUAAAAAUAUCUUUAAAAGAAGCCUUCCUUUGGAAGUACAAUGAGUGCUUGUUUGGCUGUCAUUUGGAAUUGAUGGUGACUCUUGUCCUUUAAUGAAAAGGGCUUGAAAAAUAUGAAUAACCUUUUGAAAAACACUCGGCUUCCUCUGUGCAGUUCAUGGUAGUGCUCGUGUGCUCCAGGAGCUCAUGUGGGUAAGCUUACAUAGCACCUUACAUAGGUGCUUACCUUUCGUGGGCUCGAGGGGUCGGCAGCAGCAGUGAAGUUGUGUGGUGAUGCCUGUGUGAAUACCCCAAGAUGGAAGGGACCUGUGAACAUCAUCGAGUCCAUCUCCUGGCUCCAUGCAUGACCACCCAGAAAGACUAUUUGGGAUGUGUUCUGUGGUCUUGGGUGGCAAUCAGAAUCCUCGGAAAAGAGAGAGUAAUGCUGCAGGUGCAGUCCGUUUAGCUGUCAGCCUGCUGCCAUGGCUUUGGCACGGUGUUCGUUUGGAGGCGUGCUGCACUCUGUGUGCUGCUCCUGGUUCUGUUACUGAGCCACAGCUGCCUGUUGCUUGCUUGCAAGCUGCCUUCUGGCAUCCUGAACGUGGAGGGAAGGUUGAGCUGUCUGGCGGUGGCCCUUUGUACUGCUGCCAUUUUGUGCCAGGAAUUGUCUUUGUCUUCUGGAUGAUGAUUUUAAUCCUUCUUCAUCAAUUUUUAUGCUUUUGUAUAGGCAAAAGUGUUUGUUUUUUAAUAGAAAAUGAAAGAUUGUGCCAGCAUGUUGUAACAGGGAGCACCACACGUGCUUUUUUUUUUUUUCCCAGAUAGAACUACAUGUUGCUGGUGGAGGCAGAGAAAUGCUACAACCUGUUUGCUCUGCUGAGCUCCUUGCACCAGCACCAACUCCAGCUCUCUCCUUUCUCAGUCUCCUUCAAAACCUGCUCUGCGUUGCCCAUGAGACAUUCACCAGGUCUCCACUGUUGUCUCUUAGCUUCAAUUGAACUGAAAACAGCAGCCUUUUUAAAGUUUAUUUUUUAUCUUUAAAAACAUUUUCCUUUUUUUCUCACUUUGCAACACUGAUCUGUGUUGUAGCUGUUGGGCAUUGCUACACGAGCAGAGUUUACAAACAUUUAGAAACAGAAUGUGUUAUUGCUGAAGGCCAGCUGACAGCCACUGGAGGCUCUUACCCUGCUGUCAGCUGGGUUUUUGCAUGUAGCCAUUGCAUUUCCUAUUGCCGGAGGUUUGCAAGCAUGUCAAUUAUAUAGCACAGAGAAGUUUUAAAAUAGAAUGUUGCGAGGCUGGUAAUCUUGAGACUAGGACAGGUUAAUGGAUGGUGUAAAAGCUGGGUAUAAAAUCUGAAGUAUGUAGUAAGAAACCAGCUUAUGCUGCUUUGGGAAUCUCCAUGCUGAAGAGAAGUUAAAAGCUGCUGCUCCCAGGCUGCUGUAGGCCUUUACAGCGGACUGCUGUGCGAUACGGUUACUGGGAGCAGCAGGGUUUUGCUGUAGGGUUUGUAGCACGGUCUGUGUGAUGCUGCCAUAGGAAUGAAUACAGGCAGAGGGCUGGGAAAGGUUUUGUAUUUCUAGUUCUUGCUAAUGGUUCAAGCAUGCAAAACAGUAUUGAAUUGAUUUUGGUAAUCAGCUUUAUGAACUUGUGCAGGGGAUGGAAUGACAGGGAAGAGGCAGAGUUCCUGUGGUGGCCUUAAGGAGGUUCUAACAGCUCCUGUGCCUGGGAAAAGCAAAGGGCCCUUCUGGAUUGCCAGCAGGACUCUUUUCAAUGAAUGCGGCCCUGCAAAGGAAAGUUAGUUCCAGGCUAAACGGUGGGCUGAUGUGGGAACGUGCAAUUCUUGCUGCUGUUGAUUGUCCUUUUCUUCCAUGGAGAUACAUUCAAAAACCUCUUGGGAGUAUUCAGAAUUGUGGAGUCCCUGGGGGGUGCCUCGCGUUCUGAAUUCAUACGUGAAUCUGUGCUACUGUCCAUGACGUGAUGGUGACUUUGUAGAAAGGUAGAAGGAGCUCUGCAGGUUUCAGACAUCUCUUCAAUUAGUCUGCAUUAUAGCCAUUGGCAGGGAAGGUCAAGGUACCGUUAAAGGACAUGCUAUAACAUAUCCUUAUGAGAAACUCCUUCCUAAUUUUGCUCGUCUGGAACAAUAACGUGUUCUAUUCCUUCAGAGCUCCCAGUUGACUUCUCAGUAGGUUUAUUUGAAAAUGAACUUUAGGUUUUUUGAAAUGCUCCAGCUCUGCAGGUGACUGCUGGCUGCAUGCUGUCCCGUGCUGGAAGCAGAGCACAGCUUGUGGCUCAGAGCAGGUCGGAAGGCAGAUCUCAAAGCAUUGUUGUAUUUCAGUGCGGCGUAAGAUUUCACUGCGGAUUGAAUCGGGGCUCUCUUGUGCUGAAAGAAUGAGGCUGUAUAGGUUUGUUUGAAGAGACAGGCGCUUAAAAUUAAAGCAGAUCUUUAUUGACGUGACGAAAGAGAGAACGUUGAUCUUUGUGGCCAGGGUGUUGUGCUGAGAACUAGCGAUGACAUCAGAGGGUGGCUCACAAUUGAAAUGUACUACUGAAGGCUAUAAAGUACUAAUACGGAGCGCUUGACCUUCUAAUCUCUAACAGCUGAAUCUCCUGAGACCAGGAUUAGGAAAAGAGUGCCUUCAGAACCAACAUGUAGCAAAUGGGUAUCGCACCUCUGAAGCUCCUCCCUUGGUUCAACACUUGCAUGUUUUAAGGAUCCUUGUAGCCACAGCAGUGAAUUGCUCUUGUUAACUUCUGAAGUGGAUUUCAUGUGGUGCUUGCUAAGUGUUGAGUCAUCAUGAGCAGUAAUCUAGGAAAAGAAAAGGACUGUAAAGAGAAGGAUCCAAAAGUCCCGUCGUCAAAAGAAAGGGAGAAGGAGUCCAAAGCCUCUGGAGGAUUUGGGAAGGAAAGCAAAGAGAAGGAGCCCAAGACCAAAGGGAAAGAUGCCAAAGAUGGAAAGAAAGACUCCAGUAGCACGCAGCCUGGGGUAGCUUUUUCAGUGGACAAUACGAUAAAAAGACCUAAUCCAGCCACAGGUACCCGCAAAAAAUCCAGCAAUGCUGAAGUGAUCAAAGAGCUAAACAAAUGCCGGGAAGAGAAUUCAAUGCGCUUGGACUUGGCCAAGAGGUCUAUACACAUGCUUCCAUCAGCUGUCAAGGAGUUAACGCAGUUAACAGAACUUUAUUUAUACAGUAACAAACUGCAGUCUCUACCAGCAGAGGUGGGCUGUCUUGUGAACCUGGUGACACUGGCCCUGAGUGAGAAUUCACUCACCAGUUUGCCUGACUCUCUUGAUAACUUGAAGAAACUGCGCAUGCUUGACCUGCGGCAUAACAAACUGAGAGAGAUUCCUUCGGUGGUGUAUAGACUGACUUCUCUCGCCACUCUUUACCUACGCUUUAAUCGUAUAACUACUGUGGAAAAGGAUAUCAAAAACUUGUCAAAACUCACCAUGCUUAGCAUACGAGAGAACAAAAUCAAGCAACUACCUGCUGAAAUUGGUGAGCUGUGUAACCUCAUAACGCUGGAUGUAGCGCACAAUCAGCUUGAACAUCUUCCAGAAGAGAUUGGAAGUUGCACGCAGAUCACCAACCUUGACUUGCAGCACAAUGAGCUCUUGGACCUGCCAGAAACCAUAGGAAAUCUAUCCAGUUUAAGUCGUCUUGGCCUGAGGUACAAUAGGCUGUCAGCAAUUCCGAAGUCUUUAGCAAAAUGCAGUGAACUUGAUGAACUGAACCUGGAGAACAACAAUAUUUCUACUUUACCAGAGGGUCUUUUAUCCAGCCUUGUCAAGCUGACUAGUUUAACGCUGGCCAGGAACUGCUUCCAGUCCUAUCCUGUGGGUGGCCCGUCCCAGUUCUCCACAAUCUACUCUCUCAACAUGGAGCACAACCGCAUCAAUAAAAUCCCCUUUGGAAUUUUCUCUAGAGCUAAAGUAUUAAGUAAGCUGAACAUGAAGGACAAUCAGCUGACCUCUCUCCCCUUGGACUUUGGCACUUGGACUAGUAUGGUAGAACUGAAUUUAGCGACUAACCAACUCACAAAGAUCCCCGAGGAUGUGUCUGGGCUUGUUUCUCUUGAGGUUCUUAUAUUGUCAAAUAAUCUCCUAAAAAAACUUCCCCAUGGAAUUGGAAAUCUCCGGAAACUCCGAGAGCUAGAUCUAGAGGAAAACAAACUGGAAUCCUUGCCAAAUGAAAUAGCUUACCUCAAGGAUCUGCAGAAAUUGGUUCUGACUAAUAAUCAGUUGACCACCCUUCCCAGAGGUAUCGGUCACCUUACCAAUCUGACUCACCUUGGGCUUGGAGAGAAUCUUCUCACACACCUUCCUGAGGAAAUUGGUACACUGGAGAAUCUGGAAGAACUGUAUUUGAAUGACAACCCCAAUCUGCACAGCCUUCCCUUUGAGCUGGCUCUUUGCAGCAAACUGUCAAUAAUGAGUAUUGAGAACUGCCCGCUCAGCCACCUUCCGCCUCAGAUUGUUGCAGGAGGACCCUCCUUCAUCAUUCAGUUCCUAAAGAUGCAGGGACCAUACCGUGCCAUGGUCUGAUGCUAAUCGGAUUGUCCAAUACACUGUACAAAAUACAAACUGCAUUAAUGUUUUAAUUGUCUGCAUAUGUAUAUAUAAUAUAAUAUAUGUGGUUUAUAUUAUAUUAUAUAUAUAUAAAUAUAUAAAUAAUAUAAAACGGCAAAUUUAAGACUGCAUUAUGUGUUUCUGCUAAUAGAGGAAUCAUAGCCAUUUAGAUUUUUUUUUUAUCUGUAAAAAUGCUUGUCUAAGUUUUCUUUGCUGAAUUUGAUGGAAGUUGAGUAAUCUGGACAUGCCAGUUCAUUUAAAGCAAUUGCCAAUGAACUCAAAGUUAAAUUUAAGGGACAAAGAUAGUUUUGCUUAGAUUUACUUUCAGUUAAGAGAAACGUAUAACCUUUAUAUAAUGAACUUUUCUGUUUUAAUCCCUCUUUUUUUAUGUCAAAACCUGAAAGGGUCACGUGUCCUGAGGUUGGGAUUUUCUUUUAACUUAUUUUGAGAUUUGAAGCAAAUGGUGUUUUUAUAUUGUUUACAGUCAGAGUAAAUCACUGGAUUUUGUUUUAUUUUGAUUUGCUCUGUUUUAAUCAAUCAUAUCUAGAAUUUAUAUGCCUCUGCUGAUGAAUUUUUAUCAACCGGUUUGUAUACUAAAGACAUAUACUCAUCAGAACCAACUGGCAGGUGGAAAGGAUGCAGUCAAAACGAAAGAAAAGGAAAAAAAAAAAGCUUGAAUUCUUUUAAGUCUUGCUUCCCUGAAUUAUCAGUUGCAGGCAUAACAUAUCUGAACUGAGCCUUUUGCGAUUGGUCUUUUCUAGCACAAGUAAACCUUUUCAGAUUGGUAAAAACACGGAGUGUACUCAGAAGUGGUUUUCAUUUUGUGAAGUAACGAUUCCACGAGGUCUAACAGUACAGUUAAGUGGCAAGGAAAUAAUAUAUAUGUACAUUUUUAUUACUUUGUUGAGUCAUAAACUACAACAGGCAAUUUUAAGGAUUCCUUAUAGUCCUUGUACAAUAAAUGAAUGUGUCUUACUUUUGAACACUGCAAUGUAUGUAAGUUUUAAAGUUGGUAACAAUGUACUAUGGUUUUAUAUCUUGACUUGCCUUGUACCUCCUUCCAUUAUGGAACUUCUGUGUCCAAGCACAAUAUCUUCACACUGUGCUGUUUUGCUGCUGAACUAAAUGCACUUUUCCCCACAGCUGGGGCACUUGCUUCAAAAUAUUCAGUUCAGUAUCUUGAUUAUUCUUUUUUUUUUUUUUUAACUUCAUCCUAUCUGUUUCAGUAUUAAACCGAUCUAUUCAAAAAGGGGCACCUUUUUCAUUUGUGCAUCGCUGUCGAUAGCUCGAGAGAAAACACUGUAAGUAGUGGACGUUCAGUUUUACUGCAACAUCCUUGGUUGCUCGAAAGGCAGAAGAUGCUUCAGGGAAAUGUAUGCUGUUGCUGCACUUGCAGGGCCAGUUGCCCUUUUCCAGGAGGGCAGGAGCUCGAGGCGGUUGCAUUCCACGUUUACUAAAGAGCUGUCCAGUUCAUACUCGCUGGAGUUGCUGCUGGGGUAGUGUGGUUUAGAGGACUUUAUCUUCUGAAAACAAAAUCAAAUCAGCUGAUGCUAUGAGAAAUUUAUUUCACGUGCAGAAGCUUGGGGAAUGUUAUUUCUGGCUUUCAGGCAUGCUUACUUACGUGUAUUGCCUUGAUCUAUUUUUUUUUUUUUUCCAGCAUUGCAUUCUGUUUUGUCUUAUGUCUUUUUCAUUAACAAGGAGUAAGUUUUAAAUGGAAGGCAGGUGGAGAUAUAAAACCUUAGAGGGCUUAAACGUGCUGUAAAACUAUUGUAGAUGUCACUGGAUUUUACUAAGUAAUAUUCUUUUCUUUCUCACACAAUCAUUCUCUGCCCCCACCUCCCUCUCCCCACCCCUCCUUUUUUCUUUUUUACAUCUACUGUAGCUUUUCAGUUUAGAAUUUAGUUUAUAAAAGGCUAUUUUCUUACAGUUCUGCCUGAAGUUAAUCUUUCUCAGCAUUAAGGUGUUAGAAUAUGAAGAUGCUGUGAUGCAUAAUUUCAAGACUGUAAUCUAACCAGAAUAUACUGCUAAACCCACAUCUGUGCCCUCAGGUCACUGGGGGAAACUGGUUUGUUUAAUACGGUUCUUUGAAACAGAAGUGGCAACCCCUUGUGUUUUCAGGCAUCUUGGUCUCGUUCCAUGUCUGCUCCUCAAUCUCUUUUUUAUAAGAGCUGACAGGAUUAAAUUUGCUUAGCUUGUAAAUACGUCGGUUAUUCACCUUGUUGAGGUACAUGGCUCAUGACUGUAUGAUUGCAGCUCACCCCCUCUCACAGAAAUUCUUGUGGAUGGGUUGGCUACCGAAAUAGUGCUCGUUACACUCGCUUAAAAACAAAGUAUUCUUUUCAUUACACUUAUAGGGAUAAAUAAAGCUGUGUUUUAAUUCAUUACUCUAUUAAAAACAGGAUAUUUUUUCAAACUCUCUUUGUUUUAGUAUGGUUGUUGCAAUGCCAGAUAAUCCCAAGCCCUCUUCUAGAAGUUUAAUGUUACACAUUCUGAAGGGAAAAUUUGAAAGGUUCUUUAAAAUUAUCCCAAAGUUUAGGUGUGAACCAUGUGGAAUGGACUGGGAGUAGGUACAUAUAAAUCUGUGUGCACACGUGGAUUUAUAUCCAGAUCUAUUCAUAGAGCCAUACAAAUCCAGCUGUUUUGAUCGUAACAGACUUCUACAUUUGCCAGGAUGCUGGGUUGUUAACUGGUGUGGUUUCCAAAUGGCAUUUAAUGCCUGAUGGCAUUGGGCACGUGCUGGUUUAUUUCUGUGCGUUUAAAUACUUUGCUGGGCCUAAUCAAUUAAAAUAUGAAUGGAAAUAACUUCAUCCUGACAAGUGUAUGUAUGCAUACAUACAUGUAUAUGUGUAUCUGUGUUUGUGUGAAAGCAUUGACAGAAUGGUGAGAUGAACUCUUUAGGGCUUCUUGCAAAACAGAAUGCAGUAUUUGGGUCAUUCCCAAAUACUCAUAUGAAAUAUUUUGUCUCCCUUGUCCUACUGUUAUCUCCCAAAUAAUUUACAGGGGUAAAACGUGACAAUCUUUACUUUGGGUGAAAAUAAUGACCUUUAUAUCUAUUUUGAAUGUGUCUCCACCAGUGUACAUAAAAAUAUGUGCAUAUACAUAUGCUCCAUAAAAUCACUGUCCUGAAUCAUGCCUUGACGUAGCAGAAGCUGAAUUACUGUACUAUAGACUACAUAGUGUUGCGGAAAUUUGGUAAGGCAUCAAACAGAUUAGGGAUUUGCUAAAUAACAAAAAGAAGGUUUUAUUGCCAUUAUGACUCAUUUUGGUCGUGCUGCAUUUAAAUUUGCUAAAUAGAAGGCUGUUAUUCCCUGCAAAAAUGUUUUCUUUACGUUUAGAUAGUAUAAAGCCAUUAAAGUUCUGUCUCUUCUUGUCCUGUAUUUAACUUCCUAAACAAAUUUUCUAGUCUAAACACAGCAGAAGGGCUGCGUUUAAAGCUGGGCCACAGAGCUGUACGAUUGGCACUUUGUAGUUUGUCAGCUGCUAUUGGAGACUUCUAAAUUCAUACCCCCCUUUCUGGAAAGAGAUUUAUGCUGUAAAAUAUUUGCUUCAGUGCCUCUUUUGGGUUUAGGUUUUCCCUGCAGUUUGUCCAUCUUUUGCUAAUGUUGUGUGAGAAAGUGCAUGUUCAGACUUCUUGAAGGUCGUGUUUGUACAUGAUUUAGUAAAGUAGUAUUCCAACUGUCUGGCUGGUUAGCACUAACACCCACUGUGUCACAUGAAAUUCAGUUAUCAUCUCUGAUCCUGGGAGUUGGGAAAAAUAGCUUUUAUUUAAAAAUCACAGAGCUUUAUCAGAGUGUUUUUUGUUUGUUUUGCUUUGAAUUUAAGUUUCUGAAUCAGUACAGACUUAGCUGGAGAGUCUUCAUAUCUGGAUUCAACUAAGAACUUCGGUAUGGUCAAAUCACACCUCAGUUGUAUCCAAUCGGCAUGCUGAGAAUAGCUUCUAAUUACAUGUGCAGUUGGCAGUAAUUUGCACAACACAAACUUCAAGGCAUGGUGAGGACAAUUACAGACAACCAAUAGUAUCUACAAGUGGUUUUUGUUUUUAUGUCGGCGAAGGUCAGAAAACGUUGUUUAAUAUUCUGAUGUUUAGGUCUUAACCAGGACUGCACAGGACUUUUACUGUGGAAAAAUACCAGACCACGCUAAUUUUGUGGUUAAAAGCUAAACAAGAGUGUAAACAGUCUACAAAAAUGUACUUUUAAUCUGAAUUAUUGUAAUGUUGAUUGUUAUGUCUAUAUAAAAGAUUGCCUUGCUUUUUUAUAAGAGUCAUUCUGUAUCAAUGCAUUCAUUAUAAAUAGUAUAUUUGUAAAUGA